AUGCCUCCCAAGAAGCGCCCCCUCACGCCGUUGACCGACGAAGAGCUCUCUGAAGACGACCCAGUGACCAAGGGCAAAACGACUUCUGAGCGCCACUCGAGCAUGCAGCAAGAUACAAAAGAAGGACAGGCAUCCGUGCCAAGUCCUGCACCAAGCGAGUCUGAGGCGAAGCCUGCCACACCAAAGAAAAAAUCUCGAUCGACGCCAGGCACUCCAGGUCGUGCAGCAAGCGGCUGGACUGAAGGUGAGAGUGAGUCUGCAUGGAUAUCGUGGGACAAUGGCACGGAGUGGAGCUUGACAUGCGAUGCGUUUGCUUCAGCUACGCAAGGCUUGAUGCUCAUGCUGCUCGCUAGCGGCAACCUCUCGCUUAGCAAAGACAAGAAGGCAACCAUCAGCAAGAUGCUCGGUCGCAGCGAAAAAUCUGUCGAGGUGAGUCACAGUAUGGAUCAAGCAUGGCGAUCGUGUGCGCCACCCAAGGCUGCAAAAGGACUGAAAGCCUUUUUCCCCAUCUUGUGCCUUGCACGGGCAGAUGUGGUGGAGUGAAUGA